CGUAGUUACCUCUCAGCCACCGUGACCUACCGCGGCUAUACUUCGUGCGACCAGCAGGUCUUCCGUCAGUGCCUUUCAUUCCUGCUCUAUCGGGCUCUACGUGCUGUCUACUGGACAAUUUUCGUUAUGCCGAGCGAGAAAUUCAAAGGAAAGCAGCGAGCUGUCGACUCCGAGUCAGAGGCGGGCCCCAGUCAACGGCCUCUCUCCAACUCCAAGGACUUGGUCAUUCGGUUCACCGAAGGGCUCCCUGACUUAACCUUGCAGGUCGCGGAAAGCGAUGUUGUUCGGGACAUCAAGCGCAAGAUUCGGGAUGCUAGGCCACAGCUGGAGAGGCGUCGUCUAAAGCUUAUUCUUUCUGGCCAACUGCUCGUGGAAGCGACCCCACUUCAUCCUCGCCUCGCAUCCCUGGAGCAACGACAGCGUCGUGCUGUAUCUGGGGAUGCUCCCAGUGAAGAGAAAGAGCAGACCCCUAGUACCACAUGGUUGCAUUGUUCUGUCGGCCCACCUCUGACGGAUGGCGAGGAAGAAGAGACCGAGAUACAGACGGCGCAACUCAAGCCCCUGCGAGGUUUUGACAGGCUAGCCGCUGCCGGUUUUUCCGAACAGGACAUUGCAAACAUCCGGCUGCAGUUCCAUGCUCAUUCCGCCGGCGACUACCUGGACCAGGACUUCGAGAGUGACGAGGAUUUCGAGGAACACGCGCGCGCGCUCGAAGAGCAAUGGAUUGACUCCUUCGAUAACGGUGGAGGAGCGUCGCUGUCGUCUCCGUCUUCGCGCGCGUCUCACACGUUCCUGAAUGGCAUCGUUGUGGGCUUUUUCUUCCCUCUCAUACCGCUGUUCUUCAUCCGUGCGCCCAAACCUGCGGUAUUUUGGGACGACGGUAGCGAACACGAAGCGACCAGUAGCCCCAUUUUCUCACGACGUACGCAAAUCGGGAUCAUUGUCGGCUUUCUCUUGAAUGUCAUAUUUGGGAUGUGGACUUAUCUGCUGACCUCUCCCUGAACCCUUUCCUACGCUGUACAGGGCCGACGGUCGCAUCUGGCCCGAAAUGUACUUCUAUGGCUAGUCACCCUUACUUUUAGCGAUACCUACACAGUAAUGCAAUGGCGUCGUGUCUACAUGUCUAAUAUGUGUCUGAUCAUUGAAUGAUCAUGCUCCCAUUGCGACUCGAGAACUCUUCAACUUCGGG